AUGGCGCCCAUGUCAGAGGAGGACCUCGAGUGGUUCAAGUCCACCUUCCGUCCGAUUCCCAAACCCGAGAUCCCCGACGACUGUGUCGAAUAUGCGCUGUACCAUCUCCCCUCAGACCCCGCCCCCGCUGCGGUCGACACGGUCGCCGAGACACGAACCCGGUUGGUGGAGGUGCAGCGGACGGCGGCGGAGCUGUCGAAGCAGUUGUUAAAGGAUUAUAUUUGGCAGCGGGAUGGUUUUCAUCUGGAGAUCAGCAAGGAGGAUGGGACUACGGCUCUGCGCGGGCGCACGAAUUACGGAGACUCGAUCGAGGAUGAGUGGGUGGUUGUUUAUAUGCUGCGCGAGCUGAGCUUGAAGCAUAAGGAUAUCUGGGUGCGCGUGGUUGAUAGUGAUGGCCAGUUCCUUUUGGUGGAAGCCGCGGGUGCUUUGCCGGAGUGGCUUGAGCCCGAUGUGGCGGAUAAUAGGGUAUGGAUAAAUCAGGGACAGCUGGUGAUCAUCAAGCCUGCAAAGGAGAAGAAGGGGAAAGUGACGGAGAAGCUGUCGCUUGCGGAGGCGCGAAAGGUCAUAACAGAGGAACCUGGUCGAUUGAUGCGGUCGACCAUGAUCCAGGAGGAAGCGUUCUACCGGCUGCGAAACUACCCCCAGCAGAUCAACGAGAACCUACAUUCCGCCCUCAUCACACUCCCACGAAAAGUCGCCUUCCUGCUGCACCAGAAACCCGGCUAUAUCUCGGCGGCUGUCGAGACUUUUUACCUACGAGAUCCGAUUGCACUGCGACCCCUCCGCUCUAAAGGGACAGACGCCCUUCUUUUCAAACCGGAGGAUUUCGUCACCGUGAGCGUUCGAUUCACUAGGGUAGGUUAUGCGCAGCUGAAGAGCCAGGACUUUCCCGCGCCGAAAACAUGGCUAGACCAGCUUCCCGCGAAAGAGCAGGAAAAGGAGCAUGAUCGAGCGGAGAUCGGAAUGAAAUUGUCCUGUGGCUUUGAAAUGCUCCUCGCCGACCCGCAAAGCCAGGACAAGCCCAUCGUGCGAGAGAUCAAGCUCUUAUUGGAGGAUGUGGAUUCUGGCGACGAACGGCUACCCUCUGACGAUGAGAUUUCUACCUGGGACAAAAAGGAGGAUGACGAGAAGUGGCUGGAUAUCAGUUUUGAGGACCUCGACGCGGAAUUGAAAGGGAGAGGCAAAAGCAAGACCGACAAGGACAAGCCCGCGGGAGAUUUCGGAGACUCCAAUGCGCAGGAGAACCUGCAGCGUAUUGUGGCCCGCUUCGAAGAGUUUUUGAACGAUAACUCUGCAGGAUUCGAAGGAGCCGAUUUCAUUGAUGACUAUGGAUCCGAUUCGGACGUCAGUGACGACGACGAUGCAGCUAGCAGUGACGGAGAGGACAAGGAAGCCUCCUUUGACGAAGAGGAGUUCUCCAGAAUGAUGAAGGAAAUGAUGGGGAUGCCAUCCGGAGCGCCGACAAUGCCCGGAUUGAAGCCCCCGAAGAAGCCGUCUGCGCCACGCGGUAAAGUGGAGGAUCUGGGCAGUGAUUCCGAGGAUGACACCGAGCAGAUCAAACAGCUUUCGCGCGAGAUGGAGGCUGAACUGAGAGGGACCGGUGUUCUCGACCUGAACCGCAAGGGCAAAGAGCCUGCCGGGAAAAAGCCUGUAUCCAAGGGGGAAGAAAAGACGGCAGAGAAGAGCACCGAUGAGACUGAUGUCAACGCGGAGGACGAAGAUAUCGAUAUCAAUCUGGCGAAGAACCUUUUGGAAAGUCUCCAAGGUCAAGCGGGUGCUGCUGGGCCGGCGGGCAACAUGCUCUCUAUGAUGAACUUGCCUAUUCCCAAGGACGACCGUCCUCGCUGA